UAUCAAGUACCCAGCGCCCUCCAACCUCACACAGAUCCCGGCCAUCUCCUCUGUUCCAGCGACAACCGCACCAGCGGCUCCAUCCUCCACCUCGACCCGAAGAUGGCCAUCGCCGGCAGCGGGAGGGGUAAGGCGAAGCCCGCCGCCAGCGCCAAGUCCGUGUCCCGGUCGUCCAAGGCCGGCCUGCAGUUCCCCGUCGGCCGCGUCGCCAGGUACCUCAAGGUCGGCAAGUACGCGGAGCGCGUCGGCGCCGGCGCCCCCGUCUACCUCGCCGCCGUCCUCGAAUACCUCGCCGCAGAGACUCUGGAGCUCGCCGGCAACGCGGCGCGGGACAACAAGAAGAACCGGAUCGUGCCGCGCCACAUCCAGCUGGCCGUGCGCAACGACGAGGAGCUGAGCCGGCUGCUGGGCUCCGUCACCAUCGCCGCCGGCGGGGUGCUGCCCAGCAUCCACACCACGCUCCUCCCCAAGAAGGCCGGCAAGGCCAAGGGCGACAUCGGCUCCGCGUCCCAGGAGUUCUAGAUUAGAUCGUGAAUGUUUUGGUUUGCUGUGGCAUCGAUGUUGGUGGUGGGUCUGGUUGCAAUGGAUUGCAGCUUGCAAUCUUGUUCUUGUUGUUACUUCCUGUGAUGUGUCAAUGCUAAGCCGUGUGAAAAUCGAGAUGCUACCGCUCCUUCCGUCUCUGAAA